CCAUUUUAUUUGAGUGAGAGAGCGCGGAGCGCGGCGGCCAUUAUCCAGUAACGUCAAAAAAAUCGUCGUCGUCCUCUCUUGCUGAAGAAAAGUCGCAUUUCUUUUUGCGUGUGUUCUGAAAAAUAAUUACUAUUAUGUGCGUUUAAAUCCUACGUGAGGUGGCCGUCUUCUCGUCGUGUUCUAUCUCUCGCAAUAUAGUGUUAUCGUAGAUAACUGAUGUGCGGGUGAAGACAGUGUUUGGUAUGGUGAGACCACCUUCGGUUCCUAUCCAAAAUGUCGAAGGAAAUAGCAGAGGAGUACGCUUCGAGUUUGUCGGACCUGACCGUCAACAGCAAGCCGUUGAUCAACAUGUUGACCAUACUCGCGGAAGAGAACAUCGACCAUGCCGGGGUUAUCGUUGAGACGGUGGAGAAGCAUUUGGAGAAGGUGAAUCCGGACAUCAAGCUGCCUGUACUGUAUUUAGUUGAUUCCAUUAUCAAGAAUGUCGGUGGAGCGUACACCCAGAAAUUCUCACAGAGCAUUGUGAACAUGUUCACUAGGACGUUCAAACAGGUGGAUGAGAAAGUGAGAUCUCAAAUGUUCAAACUCCGUGAGACGUGGCACGAUGUGUUCCCAGCGACGAAGUUGUACCAACUGGAUGUGAAAGUGAACUUGAUCGAUCCGGCCUGGCCGAUCCAAGCUCAGCCGCAGCAGUCAAACAUCCAUGUAAAUCCAAAUUUUCUGAAAAAGAAUGCUCCAACAACCAGCACGCCUGCCCCACCCACUGAAGAAGAAGAAAAGAUGCGCACCAUCCUCGUCAAGAAGGAGCAGGAACUUCUCAUGCUCCAAAGGAAAAAGAUUGAAAUGGAACUGGAGCAGACAAGGAGGCAGCUGGAACUGGCAGAGAAAAACGCUAAAAAGGUGACCACGAUAAUCCCGCCGAACUCGAUCAUGCCCGCCAUGCCUGUGGCCAUGGUCAACCCGGUGGUGGCCCCCGUGGCGGUCCCGGACGGGCCCGGGCUCAAUAACGUGCCCGGGCUCAAUAACGUGCCCGCCAAGAUGAGGCUGGGACCGCCCGUGAACAAACCGGCGGGCGGUCGCAUCGCGCCCGUUAGCGCCGCGCUGGCCGCCGCGCGCCGCGACCCUCGCCUCGCGCGCGCCCCGCCCCGCGCGCCCGCCUCGCCGCCCAUCGCGCCCCACGUGUUCGACAUCAAGCCGCUCGACCACGCCAAGCGCAAGAACGUGCUCACCAUCGACAUCGACCCGACCGCCGACCCGCGUCUGGCCCGCCGCGACCCGCGCCUGGACCGCCGCCGCGCGCGACCGCGACCCGAUCCCGCGCCAGCCGUCGACCCCGCGCCCGACUCCGACGCCAAAAGGAUCAGCCGGCUCCCGCCGAUCCCAAAGCUGCGCCGGGAGCCGGAGCCGGCCGACGAGCAGGCGAAGCGUCGCAAGGAGGCGCGCGAGGACCGGCGCCGGCGCCGCGAGGCCGACGCCUCCAAGGACUCGGGCUCGUCGUCGUCGCCGGACAAGAAGGCGCGCGCCAAGGAACCCAAGGACAAGGAGCGGCGGCGCCGGCGCGCGGAACCCGAAGCGGCGCCGGAGCCGGCGCUGGUGACGUUCAACGAGCGCCGCAUCUCGCACAAGGAGCGCUUCAUGCGCCGCAACAAGCAGAAGUCGGAGAGCCCGGAGCCCGCCGCCGAGCCCGCGCCCGCGACAAAUGUGCCAGAAGUGGUGGCGGAAACCAAGGACGUGGAUCUUCGUGUGCUGCCCGCGGUCGAUGCCAAGGCCGCGCCCGUCGCGCAGAAAAGGCCGUCCACUGAACUCCUGGAUGGAAAGACCAAGAAGACCAAGCUUGAUAAGUUCGAUGUCUUAUUCGGCAACGAGGACGUCGAUCUCCGGCAGCUACCUCAAGUGGAAGAGGUGACCGCCCCUCCCCCUCCCACCCUCACCCCGGCCUCCCCCAAGGAGGAUGACAAAAUGGAGGAGGACAAGGUCCCCUCCCCGCCCGGCUCGCCCAAGAAAGACUGGCACGAAGUCAAGGAGAAGACCGAUGAGACCAAAAAGACCCCGUCCAAGCUCGACCUAGUCCGGGCGAAGCUCGCCGAAGCCACAAAAGGAACGGAUCGACUCGGCCGACCGCUGCUGUUCAGCAAAUCGCCAAGUAUCGAAAGGGAAAGGCGGCGCACGCUCAGCUCCGAGGACACGGACCUCCGGCCGGAGCACCCCGAGGAGUUCGACGCCGAGGACCACAAGAAGUCCAUCUCGAUCAUCAUGAGCCAGGCCAAGGAGCAGUUCCACGACGGCCAGCUCGACAAGAGCCAGUACAACACGCUCAUGUACCAGGUGCUGCAGCUCAACGAGAAGCUCAAGCUCAAGGAGGCCAAGCAGCGCGAGUCGCUCGAGAUCUCCAAGCGCAAGCUGCAGGCCGCGCACGGGCCCAACAACUACGGGGAUAUCGACGAGCGCGUCACGCCCGGGCCCGGCCCGCCGCCGCCGCCCGGCCCGCCCGCGCGGGACCUCGACCUGCGCCGCCCGCUGCUGCCGCGUCCGCCCGCCUUCGUCUACCGGCCCGCCUGGCGCGCGCCCCGGGCCCGCGUCGACGAGUACGUGCCGCGUCCCGCCGCCGACUUCGGCCCGCGCCGCUUUCGCCCGCCCUACUUCCGCGCGCCCUGGCCGCCCUACGAGCCGCGCCCGCCGCCGCCGCCCGCUCCCAUGCCCGGCAUGUGCCAAGGCGAAUGCCCGCUGCCGCCCUACGAGAGAACCGUCUCGCCUCCGCCGCUCGGCGUCGGCGCCGCCGAGAUCCCGCCGCCGGACCCGCGCGUGCUCGAGUUCAUCGACCGCGACCCCGUGAAAACGAUCCAGAUCGACGGCGUGCCGCGCGAGAUCCGCUUCUACGGCGAGACCGCCGUCAUCAUGAUGGACUGGGACGACCCGCGCGAGAUCCGCUUCCUGCCGGGCCGGCGCCGCGUCACGUUCGACAACAAGGACUCGGUGGUGCUCGGCUUCAACGAGCCGUACCGGCGCGUGGAGGUGGACGACCAGGCGUUCGAUAUUCGGCUCGGCGCGCCGACGCGGGAGCUGUAUAUUGAUGGGCGCUGGUUCGAGGUGUUCUUCGGCGGGCAGCCGGCGGGCGUGCUGGUGGGCGGACGCGCGCGGCGGCUGGCGCUGGAGGGUCCGGCGCCGCAGGUGGACGUGGGCAAGGCGCGGCGGACGGACCUCGUGGUGGGAAAAAUCAACGUGAUCGUCAACGCGGUGCACGUGUGCCCGGUGUACCUGGACGCGCGCGUGCAGGAGUUCCACGCGGCCGGCCAGCGGUUCACGCUGCGGUUCGCGGACGCGCUGCGCACAGUAUUAAUCAACGAGCGGCCGUUCCGCGUGGAGUUCGGGGACUUACCUAAGGCCGUUCACUUGGGAGGCGAGAAGUACUUCAUCCGCUUCUCGGCGCUGCCGCGCGGCGUGCGGCCGGGGCUCGUGCGCAUCGAAGGCAUGGCGGGCGCGGCUCCCGGGCCGGCGCCGCCGUUACCCGCGCCCGACCUGCCGGCGCCUCCGCUGGAAAUGGACGCGGAGACAGUCCUGCCCCCGAAGAAAUCGCCCAGCCCAGAUAUCAACCCGGAGAAUCAAGGUCUGGACAUGCUAGCGAGCGUGAUGCCCUCAAGCUUCAGCUCUGCACCCACAUCAGCCUCAGAAUACAGUUGUGCAGAACCGCUCUUCACCAAACCAGACAAGAUCCCCGGGUUAGAAACCCCCGCGGACGAAAAACCCAACCCUCUGGUACCGGUGUUAGGAAACAUCAACGUCAACGACCUCUUCGCGAAGCUACUGGCCACCGGCAUCGUCCAAGUGCCGAAAGAGACGAAAGACGAGCCGAAACUGGAGCAGAAGCCCGAGGAGAAGCCGAAGCCGAAAGAGGAUAAGAGCGUCAUUCACAGAGUGGACUUGCUCAAACCUGAGACGCUGAGAGUCAGCAAACAGCCGGGUCUGGUGAGCCGGCUGUACGGAGGCAUGCAAUGCUCCGGCUGCGGCGCGCGCUUCCCGCCCGAGCACACUGUGCGCUACUCACAGCACCUGGACUGGCACUUCCGCCAGAACCGCCGCGACCGGGACUCGGCGCGCCGUGCCCACUCGCGGCACUGGCAUUACGACUUGUCCGACUGGCUGCAGUACGAGGAGGUCGAGGAUUUGGAGGAGAGAGAAAAGAGCUGGUUCGAGACAGCCGGCGCGGAGCAGACGGAGCCGCCGGAGCCGGCUGGCGAGGCGCCGUCGGUGGCCGCGGGCGCGCCAGCUGAGAGCACGUGCGCGCUGUGCGGCGACGCCUUCCAGCAGUUCUACAACGAGGACAAAGAGGAAUGGCAUCUACGCAACUCUGUCAGGCACGAUGGGAAUAAUUACCAUCCGAUGUGCUUGGACGACUAUAAGGCGUCGCUCACAAAAGAGGAGCCCCCCAAAGAGGAGACACCUGCAGAGGUGCCAGUGGAGACCAACGAGGACCCCAUCGAGGUUCUGGAUGCAGACGACAACGUGGAUUCCGACGCAGAAUCCGUCGUGGAGGUCGUCACCGAGCCACUGCCGGAACCCGUCGAGAUCGACGAAGGCGACGAGGACGACGUGGUGUUCAAGGCCGAGCCGGUGGAGGAGGUGGUGGUGCAGGACGACGCCGACACCGACGACGAGACCGCCGACACGCGCCGCGAGCGCGACCGCCAGGCGCAGCUCGACUUCCACAACGUGAAGAUCAAGCAGGAGCCUAUUGACCCAGACGACGAGCCAGUGAUAACGGCGGAGGAGCUGUCCCCUCAGCCGACGAUCGACACGACUCACACCACGGUCCUGUCGUCCAUCGACGGUAACCUACAGCUCGACAGCGCGCCCGCCACCGCGCCCGUAACCGGCGGCAUUCGCAUCAACAUCUCCAAGUCAAUACCUGCCCCGGCGCCCGCCGAUCGCUUGGAUGACGUCAGCGCGGAUGACGAGCCCCUCCCGCCCGGGGAAGAACCAGAACUCGAGUACACCCUCAAACCCGCCCUCCAAGGCCGCCGACUCAGCCGCCAACCACCCGUCAUGAAGGGCAACGAACUCUCCGGACUGUGCUCCAUUAUGUGAAGUGUGCGUGAACUGUGAAGUGUUAAUUUACGGCUAUACUUAACUUUCUAACCGAAUUGACUUUUGUACGACAAUUAAUGGAUUAUUUAGAAUAUCAUCUAAAAUAUGUUUUCUUCGGACAACCCUUGGGUGCAAUGAUUAUGGUAUGAAUGAAGUGACUAUGAAUUUUUUAUGUAAAUACAUUGUAGGGUGGUGGGUUCGAGUCCUACUGCGAGUUAUGAUACUGCUGUGACUUAAAGUAAACUACACAAGACUAACAUUAACGGUUAUAUUAUAAGCAUUUUCUAAGUGGUAGCCUUACAUCAUGUAAAUACCGUAUAUUGAAAUGUUAUAGGAAUUUGCAUUUUCAUAAUUACCUAUAUUUUUUCAAGUAGUAAGCUUAUCACUUGUGUGUGAUAGUUAUAGUAAUGGAAUUUUUGGUGGUUUUAACGGAAUGUUAAUUGGGUUUGAAAAGGUCUUUGUAAACGCGCAAUAAUUUUGGUUGCUUUACCUUAUGAUGUGUCUUGAAUUAAUCUUAAUUUUUAGUGGUAGGUCUCGUAAACUUAUCAGGAACGUAGUUCCGUCAAUUACCUGAAUGUAGUGCUUAAGAUAAUUAUAACAUAUUUUACAAAUGUGAUAUUAAAGUUAAGUUCCUGACGUACUAGCAUCGAAAUACGCUCUUUUCACAGUAACAUUUGUGUAAUAUAUUUUGUAAAUACGUAAUGCCAAGUGUAAAGUGUAAUAUAAUGUUAAUUUUUGUAUAACUUACAAAAUCUAGCAAAUAUCAGGUUCGAGCUACGCAUGUACUUGGGCGAAUCUCGUUUGAUUACCGCAGGGAAUGAAGCAGGUUGUUUAUAAUUUAGCAUAAUGUCUGUUUACUUUAUAAUUUAUUGUAUAUAGCGGAUCAAACAAAUUGAUGGUGAUACAAAGUAUUUGUGUAUCAAUUGAGAAGCAGUUAUUUGUUUCGUUUUAGUCAAUUUGUAUGUUAUUUAGAUGAUAAAAUGUUACAAAAAUCACAAAAACAUUGGUUUUGUUUUCAAUAAAUCACUGAAACUUUAAACUUUCUUUUAAUUUUCUUGUCUUUGUUUGUAUAUCUGUACUAUUCUAUUGGAGGCUCAAUAAAUUAUCUUCAUGAUAACAA